AUGCAGACCACGGCGCGCUCCCUCAACCCUCACAUGAUCCCAGGCUCAGAGUGGGCAGGCUCUCAGCCAAAACACACGCUGGGCUCUCAGCGGGCAGCCCCCCAACACCAGGGCCUGGGGGGGCUCCUGGUGGAGCAGGGCUCUCAGCGGGCAGCCCCCCAACACCAGGGCCUGGGGGGGCUCCUAGUGAAGGGCUGGGGCACUGCCAGCUGCACAGAGCUGUCACAAUGUGUUCCAACUGCAAAUCAUCCUAAAUGGUCGCAUCGCAUUCUGACUGACGGUUCCUCUGUUUCUUUCCUUUUCUCCUCCUCCUCCUCUCUCCAUUCUCCUGCAGAUUAUGUGUAUUUCGAGAACUCGUCCAGUAACCCACUGCUUAUCCGAAGGAUAGAGGAGUUAAACAAGACGGCCAAUGGGAACGUGGAGGCCAAAGUGGUCUGCUUCUACCGACGGAGGGACAUCUCGAGCACCCUCAUCGCCCUGGCAGACAAGCACGCCCGGGAGCUUGAGGAGGAGAUGGAGAGCCCAGAGAUGCUGGACCUCCCCGAGAAGCACAAGCACCAGCUCCGGCACCGCGAGCUCUUCCUGUCCCGGCAGCUGGAGUCGCUGCCCGCCACCCACAUCAGGGGGAAGUGCUGUGUGACACUGCUGAACGAGACCGAGGCCCUCAAGUCUUACCUUGAACGAGAGGACGCCUUCUUCUACUCCCUGGUGUACGACCCGCAGCAGAAGACGCUGCUGGCCGACAAGGGGGAGAUCCGCGUGGGAACAAAGUACCAGGCAGACAUCACGGACCUCAUGAAAGAAGGUGAGGAGGAUGGCAGGGAGCUAUCCAAGAUGGAAGAAAGGAUCUGGUUGCCUAGCAGCAACCUGACAGAGAAGCAGAUCGACCAGUUCCUAGUCGUGGCUCGGUCAGUAGGGACGUUUGCCCGGGCGUUGGACUGCAGUAGUUCGGUCAGGCAGCCCAGCCUCCACAUGAGCGCUGCUGCAGCCUCCAGGGAUAUCACUCUGUUCCACGCCAUGGACACGCUCCACGGGGCGGGCUACGACCUGACGGGGGCCAUCGCGGCGCUGGUGCCCCAGGGCGGCCCGGUGCUCUGCCGUGACGAGAUGGAGGAGUGGAGCGCCUCGGAGGCCAACCUGUUCGAGGAGGCGCUGGAGAAGUACGGCAAGGACUUCACCGACAUCCAGCAGGACUUCCUGCCCUGGAAGUCUCUGACCAGCAUCAUCGAGUAUUACUACAUGUGGAAGACCACGGACAGAUACGUUCAGCAGAAAAGAUUAAAAGCUGCCGAGGCAGAAAGCAAGUUGAAGCAAGUCUACAUCCCCAAUUAUAACAAGCCCAACCCCAACCAGUUGAGCAACAGUGUGAAGCCGGUCCUGGUCAACGGGGCGGCCGGUGCCGUCCCCCCCCCGCCUCCGCCCCCGCUGCCCCCCGGCCCCGCCCCGCCCCCCGCCCUGGGCCGGGCCUGUGAGAGCUGCUACACCAGCAGCUCCUCCCAGUGGUACUCGUGGGGCCCUCCCAACAUGCAGUGUCGUUUGUGCGCCACCUGCUGGACGUACUGGAAGAAGUACGGUGGGCUGAAGAUGCCCACGAGGCUGGACGGGGAGCGACCGGGGCCCAACCGCAGCAACAUGAGCCCCCAUGGCGUGCCCCAGCGUCACGGCGGGAGCCCCAAGUUCGCGGUGAAGACGCGGCAGGCCUUCUUCCUGCAGACCACCGGGCUGACCCGCGCCGCGCGCCGCGUCUGCCUGGACAUCAUCCGGCCCCGCUUCCUGGCACGUCACCCCUACCUGCCCGUCAACACCGCCGCCGUCAAGUCCGAGUGUGCUGUACGGUUGCCGGACAAGCCAAAGGACGCGGCGUCUGCGAAGCGUUCAGAACGUAAACCCCUGGAGGAUGUGGUCCGGUACCUGGAGGCCCACCCCCGCCCGGCCAAGCCCGGACCCCCCCGGGGAGGCUCCAUCUCCUCCGCCAGCCGGACCCCCAUCAAGUCCUCCCCGAUCCUCAACAACGGCUCCCCCACCAUCCUGGGGAAGCGCUCGUACGAGCAGCACAACGGAACGGACGGCGGUAAGUCCAAAGGCCUGGCGCCGCAGUGGGACAUCAUGGCCAAGCGGAUCAGCGAGCCGUCCCGCGCCGCCAUGCACCUGCGUGACGAGGUGCACGAGCUGGACUGACGGCCGCCGCGCCCCGCUGUGCAGAACCCUGCGCCCCAGCAGGGGGCGGCGUCCACAUGGGAAGGUGUUUUCCUAUAAGCCAUGGCUGAAGGCAGCUGAGAGGAGGAGGAGGAGGAGGAGGAGGAGGGGGGGGGACCCUGAAGAACGAGGGAGCUAAGCUACGCUAGCCUCCUCCAUUUUCAGUCUGGGGGGGGGGUGUCUUGUGACCGCCCGACCCCGGCCCCCGUCUUUAUGAAACAAACCCUGGAGGCUCGUGUCCUCUGUGUCGGGACUCGCUGUACAUGACUGUGUUUAUUACUUACACUCUGGUUAUCUUUACUGUCAUUGUAAUUAUUAUAAUAUCGUUUUUGUGUAUUUUUUUUUUUUUUUUUACCAUCUGUAACUGAAGCUUAUCACUUUAAUUUCCGAUUGGACGAAGAAACUUUUGGGGAAAAAAAGGUUUGUGAUGAAAAAAAAAAACGAGCGCCCCCCAGUGGAGAGAGGGUCUACACGUCGCGCCACUCAUAGUCCUCUGUUUAACACGUUAUCAGUGACAGCGGGAGCUGACGGUAGAACUCAGCCACGCAAGCGAGCAACCCGCUUCUUCUUUUUCCCACUUUUGAACGCUUUUUACGGGAUUUUUCUUCUUCGUCCUCUUCUUCUUCGGUUUGAUUCUGUCCGUUCUGCUCUUUCGGCCGAUUGAAGUUUAACUUAUUGAGAAAGACUUGCUGUUUUUUCUACUUUUUUCACACGUAAUGCAUCUUUGCUUCGAUGAUGUAAUUAAAAAGAUGAUUGAUUUCCCCUUCUCCUCGUGGUGUAUCUGGUCGGAUCCGAAGGGUCGAAGCUUGACCUCCAGACGUUCUUCAUCUGUACUGCUCAGGCCGCGUGUCGUCCGCCUCUAACCGCUUCCCUUCAGAACAGGAAGUCUGUACACACAAUGCGCAAAGUGUUAACGACAGCAUUUUUUUUCAAAAUUAAAGCGUUCAAAACUAAAACACUACAUGGCUCCAGAUUUUGGAAGAACUUUUGCUACCUGACAUUCGUUAAUCAAUGUUCAAUAAGCGAGGAUACUCGGUUUGAAAAUAACCACUUUGUAAGUAAGGACUUUGAUUUGUAUCUUAUAGCCAAAAGAACGCUGUGUUUUUUCAUGGUAACAGACAUGUUGCUGCAGAAGCCAUCAUCAAGUUGGCACUUUGAACUUUUUUUUCCUAAAUAAAACAAAGUUGCAUCAUCAGCAUUAAGCAUUCUAGUCAGUGUUCUGUGUGUACGGUUUUAGUCAGACGAAUUACUAUUCAUAUAGUUUUACUUUGUGUGUAAUCAUCUUGACAUAGUUACAUGAUUACCAUUUUUAAUAUAACUUGUAUGACAUGGCCGGGGAUAAACAAUUAUUAUAGUUGGUCAAUUUAAUAAAUUAAGUAAUUGCGUUUGCAUGCCCACAAACAACCUAUUUUAAGCUGAUUAAGACAAGAUGUUUAAUCAAAUCAAUUUUUUGUGCUAUAACCUUGUUUCUUAACUGGAUAACCCAAUCAUCAGAUAGCCUAUAAUGUGUCAAUCAUUCCCCACAACGGACGUGUCUUCGGUUGAAUAAACCGCUUCUUAGUUCAAGUAGACGCGGUAAUCAGGUUAGUCACUAAAAUUGUGAAUGUUCUAAAUUGGUUAAUUCGGGUUUGAAUGGAAUACAAUUUUCAUGUAAACUCAAAACAAGCACAUCCAAUGUGUUCAAACGUGAAAGGGACAACUCGUGUGAAGGUCCACUAGCCUGUGAAGUCAUCAAUAUAUAAUACAUAGCCAGGAUGUGGGUUAUGCCCCUGACCCCCAACCCAACAUAACUCAUCCGGGAAAUGCCCUCACUGAUCUCCAUCAUGGUACCAAUUAGUGCUUCCAUCUUUAACGGCAGCAUUGGGGUUAAUAUCUUUAAACAAUCAUCCUAGCAGCGCUCGAAACCCUCAUAACGACGUGGAGAUCAUAUAUCAUAGAUAUAAAGCCCCUGCCCAUUUAACGCCAUCGUUAAGACCCUGGUGAGUGGGAGAGGUUGUAAAUGACUGAAACCUGUAAGAAAACAAUCUCCUUACUCUAAUACCUCCAGUUGUAAUAAUUAAGUGGUCAGGGACUCCAUAACUGAUCGUGUGUCGCUUCUCUUCAUUGGCAGAGCGCCCUGUAGCGACGGUUCGACUCCCAGCUGAUUCCGGUUGCGGGUUUGAGGUUGCGUGA